UCUUCCGCAUACCAGAAACGAUGGUCUUCCGAUUCGACGACUUCCCAGCAGAACCGACAGGCAGUCGUAAAAAAGAGUCUGCUGGAGGCAAAUUCAACUUAUAUGGCGACGAGUGGGAGGACACUGUUGACUUUGCCAUUCAAGGAUUCGACGAGCUUCCGCAUCGCCUAUUUGGCGUAAACCAGCAUAUGAUUAUCAACUAUGAGCUCAAAGAGGCCCUCCGUAUGAUGCUGCGCCAGUUUAAUGCGCCUAUCGUCUACUGUUUCGCCUACGGCUCGGGCGUUUUCCCCCAGGAAAGGCCCGGUCGCAGCAUCAGCGAGGCUGACUUUCGAGCCGUCCAUCCUAGGCCCCCCGAAGCUUUGGUCAAGGCCCAAGGAGGCUCACCCAAAAUGAUUGACUUCAUUUUCGGAGUCACGCACACAGAACACUGGCACUCUAUCAACAUGAAGCAGCACCGGGACCAUUACUCUGGCGUCGCAUCGCUGGGCUCGGGCUUUGUCUCGCGCGUCCAGAAAUGGGGUGCUGGCGUGUACUUCAACCCCUACGUUGAAGUUAGCGGCAUGUUGGUCAAAUACGGUGUCACAAGCAUCGACAACUUGGUUAGGGACUUGUCCACUUGGGAUAACCUCUAUUUGGCAGGGCGCCUGCAGAAGCCUGUCAAGAUUCUCCGUGACCAUCCCCAGGUCCGACUGGCGAAUCAGAUAAACCUCAUCGCUGCUGUCCGAACCGCACUCCUUCUGCUGCCUUCUGAUUUCACCGAGGCCGACCUAUAUAGCACCAUUGCUGGCCUCAGCUACCUCGGCGACCCACGAAUGGCUCUCCCUACCGAGAACAAGAGCAAGGUAGCCAAUAUUGUCUCCAACAACAUGGUGCAUUUCCGUCGGCUCUAUGCUCCGUUGGUCAGAACACUUCCCAAUGUAGCAUUCGUGGAUCCAGUUCGGCUCGAUGAUGAGAGCUGGAUUCUGAACCCCGACGCCAACGCCAGGAUGCAGCAGGAUAUGGAUUUGGUGAAGAGAGGCAACAUGGUCAGACGUUUACCAGGAAGCUUCAGGUCUCGUCUUUACUUUCAGUACCGCAAGAAAUUUGGUGUUCCCCGAGACGAAUUCGAUGCUAUGAUGGAGGCAGCUUCUGACUCGGACGGAGCGGUAAAGCGCCGUCAAGCGGGAGAGUUUGAGAAGCGGAUUGCCGCGGAUGACACCGAACAUUUGAAAAAGAUAACCCGCCAGGUCAUCAAGCAGACGGUCAACUGGCCCAGCACAUCUCAAAGCAUCAAGGGCUUGAUCAUGGGUGGUUUCAAGAAAUCAUGGCGAUACUUGGGCGAAAAGGUGUCCAAGUGGAAGAAGGGCAGAUCCGAGAAGAAGUCCGAAAGCAAGGACGCUGAAAAGCCACAGAAAAAGGAAGAGUAAAGUGCAAGCUUUUACUCAGUCGCCUUAACGACGACGCAUUUUUUUUUCUCUUCAGCUUUGGCAUUCUUGCCUUUAUUUUCUUGCUACAUAUUGUAUCACGUAUGCAUCUACACAAUGAACAUAGAGCUUAGAUUUGAGAGAGCGAUUGCAGCAACAGCCGAGCGGCGCGCAAGAUUUUGCAUCGGCUGGCUAUGAGCCACGAGGACUGGAGACAUAGGACACAUUGAAAAAGAAUGAGAGGCAAAAAGAUGAAAUGGGAUGACAAAAAAAGAGAGACAAAAAAGCUGGAUAAGCAGAUGGAUGGCGCUGAUGGAAAUGUGAAAUAAAUGGAUAGGAUAGAUGGAUGACUUGGGUUGGCUGGUUUGAUGGGCAUGGGGGCGUUGACGAAGGAAUGAAGCGAAUGCUGUUGAAAAAGGCGAGCGGCUUUGCAACUUGUAUUGUAGUGUAUCAAAAUAACUAGUAGGAAAUACGAUGGGAGAUUUUGGCUUCAUCUAGGCAUAU